CGAAGAAUAAGGUUCGCCUACUCAGCAAUAUUUCGUUUCUUCGUAAUUGCAAGUCUUUAAAAAUAAUACCUAAUGGACUACGAGCAACCAAUGUUCUCAAAAAUACAGUUAACUCAUCUUCAGCGCGUAAGCUGGCUGACAAAUAUAGCCGACAAUGGCUGCAACUGAUGAUUGAAUCUCAGUAUCACCGUUUAGCUAAAAUUCGCCUGAACAAAGGCAGCAAG